AUGGCAGGAGGCCAACAUGCCAAAGCUACUGCGGGUCGUGAUGGGCAGGGUCAGAUUCGAGAGCGAUCGUCGCUGCUACCAUCCAAUCGCAAAUUGAGACAUCUUCAGGGCCUUUCUCUGCGAAAUCUUGAACUCAGAAAAACCGCAUCCCACCCUCGAGGAAGGACAAUUGAUGAUGAGUCAUUACCAAGCACUCUCAAGACUCCUGAAAAGGCAUUGGCGCAGAAAGAGAAGGCAAAGCUCGAACAUUCACACUCGUCAGUGGACCUGAAGCAAAAGGCCAAAGAUGUUCCAGAACGGACGGUUGCGGACAAGAGAGGCGCUGCUGAGGAGCGACUCUCUGUGAGUAGACUGAAGAGGGCAGACACUUUGAAUUGGACCAAUGCAUCCUCUAGACUUCGGCAGGAGAAGCUAGAACAAGCUACGAGGGGGAAAAUGGCAGAUGUUUGGUACUCGCUGCAUCUUGGAACUACCGUAGACCCCAUCUACAUCAGCGAGGUCAUACGAGAAACUUUGAAUCCAAGCUUCAGAUUCUUCGACAUGAAUACGUAUGGCGCGUUCGUCACCCGACGAGAGGAAAUUACGAUCAGAUUCUGGGCGAAGACGAAUGCCACCGAUUCAGAUGUCCUGCUGAUUGACUUGAACGUGAAUUUGCGCUCUUUGUACUUCAUUGGCAAGACGGUACCAGAGAAUCUUGCACUGGAGAGCUUCAGUCUUCCCCUUCCUCGCAAUGCCGUUCUAUUCCACCUGUCAGACGGCAUUUACACUAGCUUCACAGAUUUGCCAAAUGAUGAGCAAGGUGGAUCUCCAAAGGCAUCUCGAAAAGCGUCACAGCAAGUUCAGUCAACAUCAUCUUUCGACGCUUUGAUGCGACUCUCAAACAUAGAUAAUUGUAUUCAAGACGCCAUAUCCACACGGGACCGCUUGAUGACUCAAAUCGACAACAUCUUGCACCAACAAGAAGAGAAAAGGGACGCUGUUAACGCAGCAUCACAAGCCCAGGAGUCAUUAGCUUCGACGACACGCUCUCUAGGAGCUUGUCGCAAGCAAGUCCAAUCCGUCGAAAACCAUCGAUCAAAGCUUCAAGCGAGUCUGUCAUCACGACGCGCUGCAAUAUUGUCUGGUCAAGACACUCAGCAGAAAUCGCAAGGUAAUCUCGCAAAAGGCCGGGUCGAGCUUUCUUCUCGCGAAAAAGCACGCCAAGGUAUUAAGUCCGAUCUUUCAGGUCAGAUUCGACGGAUAGGAGAAGAUCUAUCAUCAAUAUACCCAAUCGCCCCUGUCUCUGACGGCUCGCUAUCCUUCAGCAUCCGCAAUUCUGUUCUCCCGGUCGCCGGAUCUCAACCUCAUCAAGACCCGAUUGAAUCUGCGACGGCCCUGGGUCACGCUGCUCAUACCACGCACCUCCUUUCGCACUAUCUCUCCACACCUGUACCUUAUCCCAUCAGCCCAAACGGCAGCACAUCUACCAUCUAUGACCCAAUCUCAACAAGUCUACCAUCAGAAGCUGCCCGAACGUUUCCGCUUUACCAGAAGGGAGCAGUAGCAUACCGUUUCGACUAUGGUGUCUUCCUUUUGAACUCCAACAUUGAACUCAUCAUGAGCAGACAAGGUGCACGACUCAUCGACCUACGCUACACUUUGGGAAACCUUAAGUACAUUUUGACCGUCAUCACCGAAGGUAAAGGUGAGAUACCAGGGCGAAAACGAGGACAGAUCAAAGGCCUGAAUGGCAGCCUGAAGGGGUCGAGUCGGGAUUCAAGCAUUGGUUCGAGACACCUAGAGAAGAAGGCCGUAGAAGGCGAGAACUCUGACGCGAAGGAAUUGAGACGAGCACUUGAAGACUCCCGGAUCCAUUAA